UUAUAAGAUAUUUUCGAUCGAAGAAAUCUUCGAUUACAACCUACAACUUGAAAAUUUACUUCUAGUUAAUACUUCUAAUAAUAACUUCUAGCGUAUCUAUGAGCAGAACUACAUAUCUAUGUCGUUAGUCCAAUUCCGCUAAACUUUCGUUGGCUUUCAUGCAAAAUAUAUUCGAACUGGACACUGGCUACCAUAAAAUACGUUUUUUUUUCCUGUCGAUUUUCACUAAUUUCUUCACGGACAACGGUACCAUAUCUGUUAACCGACCAACACUAACUAUUACCAAUACGAAUGCAAACAAACUAGGACACAUCUACAGACGCAGGAUAGGCAGUAGACGCGCUCCCUUUAGCCACUACUUCUCGGAACAGCGUGACACAGUGAAGCGUCUCGGCGACACGCGCUCGCCAUAGGAAUUGUAUUAUCUAAGCUUUGUUGUUGUUGACUGGACGUGACGAACCACUGCGACAUCGCGCCUGUGGCGUUGGUCGCGUUUCCACGCUCAAUAUUGCCGAGCGUAUGUAGGCGAGACGGGUACACGGAGGAUCCUGUAAUAUACAAACAUUGCCUUUAUAAACAUUGUUAAUAUUUACUGCUACGCAUUUGCCAAGAGACCAAUCAGUUGGACAGUAAUAAUUUAGAAAGCGUCGCAAUUCCCGCCGUAACUGUGGCAAGACGGGGCCGUGUGUAUUUACUUCGCGUCAGAGUAAAACGCUUGUCCGUUCAUUUAUGCUAUAGGCGAUAAUUUUGCCUAGCAGUACAUAGCUGUACCCCUUUGUCAUAAGGUUUUUCUUUCGCUAGAAUUGCUAGACGUGUGCGGCGGUUGAAGAUUAUGUCGCUGACUUGAUACGGAGAAGCCAAUCUGCCGCGCUUUCUCACACCGAACGGUCGUGGAGAAAUUUAUGUCGUGUGUUCCCGCGAUUUAUUUGCUUAUGCGCAUAUAUAUACGUGCAUAAGUGCGUACGUAAGGAUACGUGCACGGAGGGAAUCCUCACAGUAGGAGAGCGAAUCUUUUUCGGAACGAAUGUCAUGGUACCUGGAAGAAAACAGAAAACCGGCGACAGGGUAUUAAAGGCGAAGUGCGUGUACAACUCGUGAACAUGCAACUGGUGCAACAUCGAUGAAACUUCGUGAGUGGAAAGGCAGAGAAGAGUGAGGAAGUGAAGUAAAAAUGGAAAUAGGCAUUUUCUGAGCAAAUUAUACACAGAGUCAAUGGCACAUGGCCGAGGAAAGAACGCUAAGCAGUGGAUUGCGCCUGUUGCCUACGGUAACUAAUAUUCAGAUAGUUGCUGAUAGCGUAAUGAUAGCAGUAAGUUGUGAGAUAUGGUCUCAAAAACCCGGUUCCUCCGUAGCAAAUUCGGCCGAAAACGAACGGAUGAUUAUUAUUCGGUGUAACUAGCUGAUGGAAAGGAAGUGAACGAAGGGUUAGAUCAUUUUGAAACAAGUAGUAAACUUAAUAGGGAAUACCCAAAAUGGAUCAUACUUUGACUGUGCUCACGGACCAGGGUAGUCGGCCUACUUUAAGUAAGCGGAGCUGCUACUGUAAGUAAGGUCCGAAGGAUCCACCUGUUGCGCUACAGCUAAUAGAGGAGCACCUUUAUUAAAAGAAAAAAUACAAACCAGUACGAAUUUAUUUCUCGAAAUCGUUUGUCCUAAAACCCAAAGUCCCAUUAAUUGUUGUGACUCUGGAAAGGUCGUAUCAGUAAGCUACUUAUAGCACUUAUAGUGGCAUAUUGGGAGUCCCUCUGGAAAAGUUAGUCUUCUUCGCUUCAGCUAGACAAUAAACGUUUGGUUUUUACUAUCUAUAGAGCAAUCAGCUACCGAAAUAGGUUUUGCCGUACCCACUAGCCCUCUCUGAAUGGAUUCUACACGACGGGAGCAGGGUUAGUGAGCACUGUCCUGAAAUAAUGGGUGUUUGCUAGUAAACGGCCAUCUGUCAAAGGCUGGCGCUGUCACGGGGUCGGACAAUGACGCCAAGAGGUUAAAGCUCGAAGAGGAGGCCAAAUCAAUGGCAAUUCAUGUUAGAGAUAAUGCGCAACAGCCAAUAACGCCGUCAAAUUAUGAUGGCUCCAAAAAGCUUGAAAACGGACCACACGGUGCGCCUACUCGGAAUGUCCCUAUGCAGAACGGACCAUUGGAUCGAGACGAACACCCGUCGCCAUUGGAAAUCAAUAGCGGCAGUAUGGUCAAACCGUCAGGUAGAACUGGCAAGUUCUCCGACUUUGAAGAGACCCCUUUGACAACGGAGGAUGGUAGCACGAGCCGAAAGAAGCGACAGCAUUACUCCACCAUUGAGACAUCAAAAUGCAUCCACGGUCGAAAGGACUGUGACUGCAACCAUAAGGACACUGUCUGCCGGUAUCAAGACCUAAGCGAUUCGUCAAGUUCGGAUCACUGUCACGCCGAGACGUCGGUCAGUACGAAUGCAGCGGCCAAACGAAAAUUAAUUAUUGCCUCGAUCCUCUGUCUUCUUUUUAUGCUGAUUGAGUGCGUUGGAGGCGUCCUAGCCAAUUCAUUGGCGAUUGCCACAGAUGCCGCGCAUCUACUUACCGAUUUCGCAUCGUUUAUGAUCAGUUUGUUUGCCAUUUGGAUCUCGGCGCGACCCGCGUCGAAACGCAUGAGCUUCGGAUGGCACCGAGCCGAAGUGAUUGGCGCGCUCACGUCCGUGCUGCUCAUUUGGGUCGUGACCGGAAUUCUCGUCUAUUUAGCGGUCGAGCGUAUUGUGAAAAAGGAGUAUGAAAUCGAUUCGCUGGUCAUGCUAAUAUCGGCGGGUAUUGGCGUUAUCGUCAAUAUCAUCAUGGGGUGUUCGUUGCACUACGGGGGCCUUUCACAUGGGCACUCACAUGGCGGUACAAGCGGAGCGCACACCCACGACGGCGGAAAGCAUGCAGAUGAUGACUUAGAACAAGGCCGUGUAGUGGACACAAAAUAUGGUCAUUCACAUGAACAGGAUGCCAAUUCCAAUAUCAAUGUGCGCGCUGCACUCAUUCAUGUGAUCGGCGAUUUCCUUCAGUCGCUGGGGGUCUUUGUAGCCGCGCUAAUUAUCCAUUUCUGGCCAGAAUACAGCAUCGUCGACCCAAUCUGCACAUUUCUGUUUUCGGUACUUGUGUUAUUUACGACGAUAACCAUUUUGAAGGAAACGAUCAUGGUGCUGAUGGAGGGCAAGCCAAAAGGAAUCGAUUUCGGCGAAGUACGUGAACUCCUCACGGAAGUACGAGGUGUAAAACAUGUGCACAACCUUCGAAUCUGGGCGCUUACUAUGGAGAAGACUGUGCUGAGCACUCAUGUCGGCAUCGAAGUAGGCACGACGGACUAUCACCGAGUACAAAAGGAGUGCGUGAGAAAACUCCGAGAUAAAUAUGCUUUCUUUGAGGUCACUGUACAAGUAGAGGAGUGGAACCCGAAUAUGCAGGACUGUGUCAAAUGCAAUGAUAUUUCGGAUUAAGUUUCGUGAUCAUAUUAAACUUAACUGUAAUUGAUGAAAUCUUAUAUGCACGGCGUUCCGUUAGUUGAAAAAUUGAUUGAACUGUUAGCCUGUGGUGAACUUUUUGCUGUAAUAUAUAUUUAUACGUCAUAUACGUUUUUACCCGACUAGCUCGUAAUUAGAUUGUUGUCGGACGGUAUCUUAGACAAUGAGAUCGUUUUGACAUUACCGAACAGGACGAAGAAGAAGCUGUCGUAUAAAUAAACCUUUUUCUAAUACAACGCGUAGAUAGGUGCCUGUGAACAAAUUUCAUUCAACAGCGAAAUCGAUCUUGGCCGGAUCGCAGGAUCGAUAAAAAUAAUCGGCGACUUUCGAUAUUAAUGAAUGAGUGAGCUUCAUCGAAUGAAAACCUGACUAUGUACAUAUUUGUACAGGACUAGUGCCAUAUAAACAUUUCAACAUAUGUAAAAUCUCUAAUAGAGACAUAUGUAUGUACGAAAAUAGAGUUAUAUUUACGCAAGGCGGUUGGCCUAUGCUUCUCGUCCAAAAUAAACGCGUCUUCAAUUUGUUGUUUCGGUACGUAACUUCAAUAACUGUGGAAUAUAUCUGCUGGUCCUGCCGGAACGCGAACAUUAACAUUUUGAAGAUUUUAUCAUGGGCCUGGAUUGAGGCCUGCGAGCUAGAUACUGGGAUAGAACUAAACUUAGAUCGAAGUUAUCUAAACGCAAGACAAAAUAAAACUAUUUUUUUGGGCGAGCGUCAUUGCAGCAACCACAUAGCCUUUACCUUUUCACAACGUAUAUGUCGUAGGAUAAAUCGAAAUAAUCCAAAUACAAAUCGCACUAAUUAUAUGUUAUUGGCAUAAAGUGUCCUCGAUGCAGCAUAAACUGCUAAAACAUAGUAAGCAGCAAAUGUUUUUAUUUGUUUUAUUAGCCCCCCCACCCCACCUAAUCAAUAGCCACACAAACAUUUUACCCCUGAUAGAAGCAGUUAAGUUCGGAGAUCGACGCUUCAUCGUCACCUAUUGCUUUUUACCAGUUUGUUCCUUAUAUGUAUAUAAUAAGUAAGGGUCAGGCUGGUGUGAACAUGAAAAUAGGAUGUACUAUCUGCUUGAACCAUGUAAGUUAUGUGAGAGUAAAAGAAGCAUCUAAUAUUGAUGUAUGGUCUAAUUUACAGUACGAUAAUAGAAACCGAGCGAUACCCACUAUUGUUCUAAAAUCAACUGUCAACUUGUUUGGAACUAUAACGCUUAAGCCAGGCAUUGCUAGCAGACGAAAUUCGGUCAACAGUCGCGCCAAGUCAGUAGUUUUUCAUCAGCGACUCAUGAAUUUAGAGGUUGAAAUACGUUUUAAUAUAGGAAACAUACGCUCAGCAAUUAAUAAUUUGCGGCAGGUAAACAGUAAAAGCGAGAUAAUCGAUCUGCGUCAAAAAACCUAACUUAUUGUCACAAUAAAAUUGUGAGUUUCAAUUGACUUUUGGGUUGCGCUACUAACAAGGUAAGGUCAAGCUUCGAUUUUUAAUGAUUGCUAGAUGUUAACGCAAUCAUUAAAAAUCCAUGAUUUUUAGAUUUUCUUAAAAAAACAUAGCCAACGUUGUUAUACGAGUAGAUAAUUAUGCGCAAGUUAAAGUUGCAAGCUGUGACACGUGUGAAGCUAAAUCGGACCCUUAUGAUCUAUAAGAAAGUUGCGUUCAAGUGAUGCUUAGUAUAGCUCCCGUUCGUAUUUAUAAUAGAAUAUUCUAUCCACAGAUGUGUAUCAUUACGGUUACGAAAUGCUUCGAUGCAAAAGAACCAGUCGUCUAUAUUGGUUAAAAUUAGUCUUUUUUUUCUUAUAGUAUAGUUAUAACAGUAUUAAAAAAAAAAAGAUGAUAGCAAUCUAUCGGUGAAAUUGUUUUCGUAGUGGAAUUUCGAGUACUGGAAUACGCCCAAUGUUUCAUUUAUCUCUUCCUUUGACUGGUGAUCGCUUGGGCUACUUCGUUCUUCUAGAUAGUCAUUCGUUAUUUUUUUCCUUUUUGCUAAUUUGCUGGUGAUGGCGCAAAAAAUAGUUGCAGCAGUCGUCUAGUGCUGGUCAUGGUUUUCGCUUACAAGACACACGUUUCGUCUGAGUAAUGUAUUACGUAUCACAAACGUUUCCUGUUCGGUUUCGGCGACACUACGUCAAGAGCGUGAUGAUCUUUGAACAAUUAACAACGUCGUCACCAAAAAAUCCUACUUCCCCUUUGAUGACCCAUCACUGUACAAAAUAUUGACCAGUCAAUCGGCAAUCGUUCUUCAUGAAGGUCCUUGCCUAGUAAAUCGCAGAAGUUCAUAGACAAUAUGUAGUUGUCACUACAGGCAAGUCGUUCACUGCGAUGUCCAAACAUAGACCGGAUUUAGAUUAACGUCGAUGAACUUAGAUUGUUACAUAUAGAAACAAAUCUUGGAUUUUGACUCUUCUGCGGGAAAAUCAAUAAUGACAGUAAUAACAAUUAACUCCUGAGUUGUCUAUAUCGUCAAUUUGCCCGAAGUACUCUGUCAGAUUGUGAAUGUAGAAGCCCUAGCGUCAAAGGAGGUGACCUAAGCCCGGCUUCAUCAAAGAACUUCCUGCGUAUAGACAGAAGGUAGUUACUCCACGAUGUCCUAAUUAAUAUGAUAAGCACUUAUCUAAUUCGUGACGCAAUUAAGUUAAGAGCAAAUACUCAACCUAAGUAAAGUUUUGGUUUAUCUAUAAUAGGACACAUAAAUUUACAAAUAUCCUCGUACAGAUACUAUGAACCCACGAUGAAAAAACGCUUUCCGAUUUAAUUUAAACAGUAUUUAAUAAAUAGACGAAUAAAUAAAUUAUUAUGGUAUAUCACCCUUGGUCUCGCAAAAUUAAAGAAAAACUGUAUGUUACCUCUAGGAUGUCCGUGUUAUCAACGCA